AACCACGUAUCAGAAUUACAGAUCAACACUGACAAAAUACAAUUAAACUGUGCACAGCUCAUUAAAGGUCCACCUUUCAUCAUCAGCCACAAACACAGAGAGGGAGAUUUAAAAGCUCUGAUUUUCAUCGUCGAUUUCACAUCAAAUCCCCACAAAAAAGGACUAAAAUCCAGAAAACCUGCUGUGACUGUGACACAUAUCUAUCUAUCCACCAAUCCAUCGAUGGGAGACGAGAGAGAGAGGCCGCUGCUGGUCGACAAGAGCAGGGCCUUCGCGCGAUGCCAAUCUCACGCGCGCGACGAGCUCCACAGCUUCCGCACCUGGCUGAGGUGGCUCUGCGUCGACCAGUCCAACGCAUGGACCGCCUGCCUCUCCUGGCUCGUCUUCCUCCUCUUCGCCAUCCUCGUCCCCGCCCUCUCCCAUUUCGUCCUCUUCUGCACCGAUUGCGACAGCCGCCACAGCCGCCCCUACGACACCGUCGCGCAGCUCUCCCUCAGCGGCGUCGCCGCCAUCUCCUUCCUCUCUCUCUCCACCUUCGUCCGGAGGUACGGCCUCCGGAGGUUUCUCUUCUUCGAUAAACUCAGGCACGAGAGCGAGACCGUUAGGCAGGGCUACACCGAGCAGCUCAACAGAUCACUGAAGAUAUUAUUUGUUUUCGUGCUGCCGUGUUUUGCUGCUGAAGCUGCUUAUAAGAUAUGGUGGUACAGCUCUGGAGGAUCAAAGAUUCCGUUCCUGGGGAAUGUUGUCAUUAGCAACACCGUUGCUUGCAUUCUUGAUCUAUGCUCAUGGUUUUACAGAACAGUUGUCUUCUUCCUGGUCUGUGUUCUGUUCCGUUUGAUAUGCUAUCUCCAGAUUCUCCGAAUGCAAGAUUUUGCCUUGGUUUUCCAAGGCAACUCCGAGGUUGAAGCAGUGUUGAAGGAACACCUCAGAAUCAGAAGACAACUUAGGAUCAUAAGCCAUAGGUACAGAUCAUUCAUUCUAUGUGGACUCAUAUCCAUCACUGCCAGCCAAUUCGCCUCCCUUCUCAUGACUACGCGCCCCAACGCUCAUCUCGACAUAUUCAACUGUGGAGAACUCGCGGUUUGCUCCGUGAGCCUUCUAGCCGGGCUGUUGAUUCUGUUGAGAAGCGCAGCCAGAAUCACACACAAGGCGCAGGGCGUGACGUGCCUUGCAGCCAAGUGGCACGUUUGUGCCACAAUCGACUCUUUUGAUGGAGGAGAUGGGGAGACUCCGGUUGCAAAGGUAGGUGACGAACAACAAGCGUUCCUUGAGAACUCCAAUGGAUCGUUUGAUUAUGACGAUGUUGGCGAUGAAGAAGAUGAACUGGACAACACAAAAUUUAUCCCGGCAUAUGCAUACAGCACAAUCUCAUUUCAGAAGAGACAAGCCUUAGUGACAUACUUUGAGAACAAUAGAGCUGGAAUAACAGUGUUUGGAUUCAUGCUGGAUAGAAGCUCUCUUCACACCAUUUUUGGGAUAGAGUUGUCGUUGGUGCUCUGGCUGCUUGGGAAGACGGUAGGCAUAUCUUAAACGAGCAAAGAGAGAGAAUUUGGGUGUUUGUGAUUUGAGAUGGUUGCUGGUUUGAUCGAUUUUGCACAGAUCAGAGAAAGAAAAUGUUGAGAUGUGACCAAUUUAUUCGUUCAUUGUAUUUUAUAUUGUCAUCAUCCCCUACCAUAAUAUUGUAUACCUUGUGUUGUAUACCAUGUGUUUGCUUCUUCUUUAUUGUAUAAUGUUCACAUAAGAUUGAUCUAAGGGGCUUGUAUUACUCCGUACAUUCUUGUGGUUCA